UAACGGAUGAUUUUAUGCGAUUAGCUAAUUAAUAAAAACAAGAAUACUUAUCGGAGGAAGGAGAAAAUAGAUCACUUUAGUUUCUGUUUCUGUCGAGUAAACACAAAAGAAGCAAAAAUAAAUAGCUCAAACUCAAAGCCUCAAACCCUACUCAACGUUUCUGGAGUUGUCACCUUCUUCUUAUUACAGUUAAAGAGUGAGCUCGGAUCUGCACCUCAGAGAGAGAGAGAGAGAGCGUCUGGUGUAGAUUGAGAAAAGAACAAAAACUGGAAAAUAUGGAGAAUCGCAAUGACGAUGAUCUUCUUCAUGUAGUCAUGUUUCCGUUCUUCGCAUUUGGUCACAUUAGCCCAUUUGUUCAGCUUUCCAACAAGCUAUCCCUUCACGGCGUCAAGAUUUCCUUCUUCUCCGCCGCCGGAAAUGCCCCCCGAGUUCAAUCCAUGCUGACAUCUUCACCUCCCGAUACCCAGAUUAUCCCCCUCACUCUUCCCACCGUCGACGGCCUUCCUCCGGGAGCAGAGAGCACUGCCGAAUUGUCCCCGACCGCCGUCGAGCUCCUCAAGGUGGCUCUCAACCUCAUGAAGCCGCAGAUCAAAUCCCUCCUCGUUCAACUCAAGCCCCACGUCGUGCUCUUCGAUUUCGCCCAUGACUGGCUGCCGCCGAUGGCGGCGGAUCUCGGGAUCAAGACUAUCUUUUACUCUGUUUUCAUCGCUCUGUCCACCGCUUUCGCCACCGUUCCUUCUCGGCUCCCUGAACCCGGCAGGAAAUCUCCCUCUCUUGAGGAAAUGAAGAAACCCCCGCCCGGCUUUCCGCAAACUCCGAUCACUUCACUCAGAACCUUCGAGGCUCGAGAUUUCCUGUACAUCUUCAUGAGCUUCGAUGACAAUGCCUCUGUUUAUGAUCGUGUUCUUGCAGGUCUGAAUGGCUGCUCUGCAAUUCUAGCAAAGACAUGCUACGAAAUGGAAGGUCCUUACAUUGAUUUCGUGAAAUCCCAGUUCAAGAAACCCCUUCUUCUCGCCGGUCCGGUAGUCCCGGAGCCAUCCUCCGGCGGCGAUCUGGACGAGAAAUGGGAGAAUUGGUUGACCCAAUUCAAACCCAAUUCCGUAAUUUACUGCUCAUUUGGGAGUGAGACGUUCUUGAACGACGACCAGAUCAAAGAACUGGCUCUCGGGUUGGAACUCACCGGACUUCCAUUCUUUCUGGUGCUGAACAUCCCGGCCUCCGUCGAGAAAUCAUCGGAGCUGAAAAGGGUACUUCCGGAUGGAUUCUCAGAGAGGGUUAAGAGAAGGGGGCUCGUCCAUUCAGGGUGGGUGCAGCAGCAGCAGAUCCUGGCCCACACUAGCGUGGGGUGCUACGUCUGCCAUGCCGGAUUCAGCUCGGUGAUCGAAGCUAUGGUGAAUGACUGUCAGCUGGUUAUGCUUCCCCUGAGAGGUGACCAAUUCUUGAACGCUAAGCUGGUGGCGACGGAUCUGAAGGCUGGCGUGGAGGUGAAUAGGAGAGAUGAAGAUGGGUAUUUCUGGAAAGAGGAUAUUCAGGAGGCUGUGCAGAGAGCUAUGGGGGAAGAAGGGACAGUGUUAAGGGAAAACCAGAAGAAGUGGAAAAAGUUUUUGGUUGAUAAAGAGAUUCAGAGUAAAUUUAUCAAGGACCUGGUAAAAGACAUGAGAUCAAUGGCUGCCCUUGACUAAGGUGUGUUUGGUUUGAGGUAUUGUUCCCAUGCUUAAUAAAAUAUAGGGAGCUGUAAGAGUUUCAUGGCUGCAACUUGCAUCUCUUGUACUAAAAGAAUUUAUGUGGUUCUUUCUACUGAGCACCUCUGAAUUCCUGUUCUUUAGGAACUGUAAGAUUGUAUCCACUAUUUAUGAAUUCCUCUGCCAUUCUUCUUUAACAAUUUAACCUCCUCAAAACAAGGAUCAUGUUUAUUCUGUGUAAAACUUUAUGUAAUUCAUAUUAUUGUGCUCUCCACCGGAUUAGUCUUAACAUUGCAAUUUAACUACGCCUACUUCAUGUUUAA